GGCUGGUAUCAUCCGCUGUUGGCGUUUCCAGUUCUUAUGAUUGUGUUUCUCUCCGGAGCUUUUGCACGAACGACGCACCGAAAUACGCUUCACCAUCAUAUGACAGAAAAUGAUCUGAAGUACUUUUUCGGUGUUGAUAAUCAUUCAGAAGUUCCCGAGUACGAUGUAACCACCCCUUAUCAACUCAACGAAAAUUUCAAAGGUUUCGGACGGCGUCAACGGCGGGCAGAGGAAUCACGUGAAAACAUAUUUUACAAAGUCAAGGCAUUUGGGCGGGAAUUGCACUUGAACUUAACAUUGAACAAAAAGCUGAUGUCUCCUGACCUCGUUGCGGAGACGAUAUACGCUGAUGGCACGAUAUCAUACUCUCCCCCACCCCCAAACAAUUACUACCUUGGUAACGUGAUGUCCGAUCCCUAUUCAAUGGUGGCUGUUAGUGACAACGGAGGGCUGACUGGUAUGCUGAAACUAGCCAGCGAUACCUUAUUCAUUCACCCGUUACCGACCCAUCUUGCAAAGCGGGCUGCGUCGAGUGAAGUUAAGACACCUCAUUUGAUUUACAAGAGGUCUCUUCCAGUUGAAUUUGAUCCGCAUGAUAUGAGGAAAGUGUUUAAACCACGAAGGAAGAUACCGGACAGCCUGGAGGUACAAGAUAAAGGAAACUUGACGAUAAAAACCAUGGAGGCUGCUUUAAUGCUCGAGGCGGCUUCGGCGGCAACAUUGGAGACUGAAAAGCACGACCCAAAGGAGUUUCUCCUUUUAUUAGGAAAUACAAUUUCAGGACUCUUCAUGGACCCGAGCAUUGGAGAGAUCCGUAUUUAUUACAAAGUUACGCGAAUCAUCGUUAUCGACAAGAAGGUGUUCGGUGCGGAGUUCUCAGAAUCUAAAACUCAAUGGCUGUCGAAGUUUGCUAAAUAUAUAAAAUCCCACCAGACUGGCAGGGAAGAUGUGUUUUCCCUUGUGUACAGCAUGGAAUCAGGACUUGGUGGAUUGGCUCCGUUCAAGACCAUAUGUAACGGCAGAGCGACAGAAAACGUAAACAACAUGGUGGGCUUACAAACAGCUCUGAUAGUGACUCAUGAAACUGGUCACAACAUGGGGGUGGAUCAUGAUGAAACAGACGAGUGUCCUUCUAGCACUUACAUCAUGUCCGCGGUGCUCCCUGGAGGCUCCAAAGCUGAGACAUGGUCCAACUGCAGUAUGAGAGUCAUUCAAGAACUUCUCAGAAGUAGCAAGUCAAAUUGUUUGAAUGAAGAGGCUGAGGACGGCGAAAGGACUGUGGUGUAUGAAAAGAUUGAUGAAGGUGAUCCCGACAAACGAGAAGUCAGUAUCAGGGUAGCACGCGAUAUAAUAGAGACAAUUGAUCCUAGCGAGCUUUACGCAAAUAAUUUUGUAUUAAAACUUCCUGGUGAAAUCAUGAAUGGCGAUGAUCAGUGCGUCUUACAGUAUGGACUUGGUUUUCGACAAUGUUCUCGAUUUGCGGCAGAGUGUGGUAAACUGUGGUGUACUCCGAACGGAUAUUGGUGUGAUACACGUGCAGCUCCUGCUCUCGACGGGACUCCCUGUGGAAGUAGAAAUUGGUGCAUCAAAGGAGUGUGCGUUGACAACGGUCGGCCCCAGGUCGAUGGCUGGUGGAGCGAAUGGUCGGACUUUACUCCAUGCACGAGAACAUGCGGUGGUGGGGUACAACACAGGACAAGAUCAUGCACAAAUCCACCGCCUUCAAAUGGAGGGAAAGAAUGCCAGGGAGAUUCAAUUGGGCAUUGGAGAAUCUGUGAGAUCUCACACUGUCCUGGAAGUGUUACAGAUACAUACCGAGAUGAACAGUGCGCGAAGAAACUGGAGGGCUCAUCAGCAUAUUAUCAUGGAGGACCAUGUGAUUUGUAUUGCCGGUUGGGAUACACUGUCAAGGGAUAUGGAAAAGUGUUAGAUGGUACCAGAUGCAGCAAAGAUCCCGCCAUAUUUGAUGUUUGUAUUGGAGCAAGUUGCAAGGCUGCUGGCUGUGAUCAGGUCUUGAGAUCAAAUGUAAGAAUCGACAGGUGUAGUGUGUGUGGUGGCAAUGGGAAUACGUGUAAACAUGUUGUAGACAAGUACAUGAAACAGUGGAACCAAACUGGAAAGGAGAAUGCAGAUACCAUUUAUGAUCUUCCACCCGGGACAAUGUCUGCAAGUUUUAUUGAAGUCGCUGCGACGUACAACAAAAUAGGUGUCAUGUCGAAGGAUGGCGACUAUCUAAUAGACCCAGAUAAGGAUAAAAAUGUUCAAAUUACUUAUGCUGGAGCUUCUAUCUACUAUGUAAACAAAAAUAAACGUUAUGCAGAUCAACUGAAGAUAAUAGGACCAACUCAAGCAAAACUGAGGAUAAUGUUUAUAGCAGAGUAUGGAGAGAAUCUUGGCGUUGCUUAUGAUAUCUGGUAUCACCUUAACUCCUGGAGUAAGCUGAAGCUCGACUACAAAUGGAUUGUGGGUGAUUGGUCUGAGUGUUCUGCUACAUGCGCUAGAGGUGUUCAAACUCGAGAAGUUCGUUGCGUUCUAGAAGAGGAUGGAACACCUGCUAGUGACAAAGCUUGUGAUAAACUUCUACGACCAGAUGAUAAUAAUGAAUGCAAUCAGCAACCCUGCCCUCCAGAGUGGAUCGUUACAGAUUGGUCACCUUGUUCGAAAACCUGUGGUACUGGUGUUCAGACUCGAGAAAUGAAAUGUCACGAGAAAACGAGCAGUCACCACUAUUCUGAAAUAUCUACCUCUAAGUGUGACCCAAGUAAGCUCCCAGAUGUCAGUCAGCUGAGUAGACAGUGCAACCAGAUCAUUUGCAAGCCAGAUUGGAAAAUUGAAUCAACGUGGACGGCAUGCUCUACUCCGUGUGGUGCAGGCAUUCGACAGCGUGCAGUUAACUGUAUCCUUAUUGAUCAAGAUGGAAGACCCUCUCAAGUAUCAGAAGAACAGUGUUCUUUUCUGAAAAAGCCCAAGGACAAAGAGGAUUGUGAUAGCAAGCGACCCUGUUUAGAAGAUGGUAACUAUCAGUGCUACCCAACUAAUCCAUGUCAAAAUGACGCCGUUUGCAUCGAAAAGCCGCCAGGCGAAUACCACUGUGACUGUCUGGAAGGAUUCAAGGGAAAAAACUGUGACGAGAUGGAGACUCCUUGUCAAAAGCAACCAUGUCAAAACGGAGCCACUUGCGUGCGUAAUGCUAAAUCCUCGAAGUGGGAACGCAAAUAUACUUGUAUUUGCCCAGAAUGGUACAAGGGAAAGAAUUGUGAGCAAAAAAUCUUUCCAUGUAAUAGCCAUCCAUGCCGCAGCCAUGCUACUUGCAUAGACGGUCUUAGUGAUCCCUCAAACUUCACAUGUAAAUGUCCACCGUGGUUCACUGGGAAGUUUUGUGAAGUAACUACCAACAAAUGCGAUGAGGAACCGUGCAACAACAGAGGAUAUUGUCUGAGUAAGAAAACAGACCCAGCCUGGUACCAAUGCUUCUGCGAAGACUGGUUUGAAGGAACAAACUGUGAAAAGCAAAUAUAUCCUUGCGACUUAAAGCCGUGCAAAAAUGGAGCUACCUGCACCAAUGACCCGGAUGACAUCUCAUUACAUCAUUGUCAAUGCCCAACCUGGUUUACUGGCCAAAAUUGUGAAGUGCAACUGACCUCCUGUGACAGUGACCCGUGUCAAAAUGGUGGAUACUGUAAUAGUGAUCCGAAGACACCUGAUGUAUAUGAAUGUCAGUGUGGGGAUUGGUUCAAGGGUACCAACUGCGAAGUUCAAAUAUUUCCAUGUGACUCCAAGCCCUGCCUAAAUGGAGCAGCCUGUAGGAAUGAUGAGACAGACAUAUCCGAAUACCACUGUGACUGCCUGUCUGGUUUCUUUGGAAAAAAAUGUCAAGCUUCUCCUUUUUCUGAGAUUGGUUGUUUCAAGACGCCGAAAACUGGUUUAAAAAGCAUACUGGCAAAUCACAACCAAGACUUCGAUCCAGAAAAAAUUAAAUCGUAUAUUUAUGAGUGUGGCGAACUUGCAUUUGACAAAGGUUACAGUCACUUUGCCCUCGGAGAUCGUGCAAUUUGUUUGUCGAGUGGAACUGCUCAGAACGAAUACUUCCAGAAAGGGGGAACCAAAGCCAGUGACUGUAAGGAUGACAUUGGAAGCAAAUCUUCAGUCCAUGUUUAUACUUUUGAACCUUUACCGAAAUCUGUCCCUGAGGGAUGCUUCAUGGAAAAAGGGAAAUCAGAGAAGUUACUGACUGACAAUUACGCAAGCUUCUCAAGUAACUCUGACCCCAAAGCCACUAUUUUGUACUGUUCUACUCUGGCUCGAGACAUGGGCUACGAGUACUUCGCUGUACAAAACGAGGUACAAUGCUGGACCAGUAAAGACAUCGCUAAUACGUACAGCAAGUACGGAAAGUCCGACAACUGUGCAGGUGGAGUUGGCAAAGAGAUGGCAAACUUUGUGUAUCGUAUUCAAGCCUCGUAUUCAUAUCCAACUGGUUGUGACGAUGAUCCUUGUCAAAACGAUGGGUUUUGUGUGGUGGACAACAAUGAUCCUAUGCAGUACUCGUGUGAAUGUAAGGAAAUGUUCAGUGGAAAGAACUGCGAAGUGCGGUCUUAUGCAUGUGAUAGCCAACCUUGUAAGAACGGGGCAGCUUGCCGCAACGACGAAAAAGAUAUCACAAAAUACCACUGCGAUUGUACGGACGACUUUAGUGGAGUCAAUUGUCAAGUUCCUUCUUUUGCUGAAAUUGGCUGUUUCAAAGCACCAAAGUCCGGUCUUAAGGAGGUACUUACAUCUCCGAAGGGAUUUGAUUCAAAGAAAGUAAAAACUUACAUAUAUGAAUGCGCCGAGCUGGCAUUCGACAAAGGUUACAGCCAUUUUGCAUUGGGCAAUCAAGGAAACUGCCUUUCGAGUAAAACCGCCGAUAAAGAAUACUUUGAAAAAGGAGGAACCAGUCCUAGUAGCUGUAAGGAUGGCAUAGGGAGUAAAAUGGCAGUCGACGUGUAUACCUUUGCAUCUUCACCCAAAUCUAUUCCACAAGGCUGUUUUGUGGAAAAAGAGAAGUCAGAGAAGUUACUGACAGACAACUAUGCCAGCUUUUCAAGUAACUCUGACCCCAAAGCUGCUAUUGUGUACUGUUCUACUGUAGCCCGAGAUAAGGGCCACAAGUAUUUCGCUGUACGAAAUAAGAUCGAAUGUUGGACCAGUAAAGACAUUGCUGACACGUACAAUAAGUACGGAAAGUCCGAAAAUUGUGCAGGUGGAGUUGGCAAAGAGAUGGCAAACUUUGUGUAUCGUAUUCAACCCUCGUAUUCAUAUCCAACUGGUUGUGAUGAUGAUCCUUGUCAGAACAAUGGAUUUUGUGUGGUGGAAAAAGAUGAUCCUAUGCAGUACUCGUGUGAAUGUCAGCAAAUGUUCAGUGGGAAGAAUUGUGAAGUUCAGUCCUAUCCGUGUGAUAGCGAUCCAUGUGUAAAUGGAGCAGCUUGCCGUAACGAUGAAGAAGACAUCACAGAAUACCACUGUGAUUGCACAGGCGACUUUAGUGGAGUCAAUUGUCAAGUACCAUCUUUCAAUAAUAUUGGUUGUUUCAAGAUACCGAAGACUGGUUUUAAAGAAGUUCUUGCAUAUCCUAACAAAGACUAUGAUCCAGCAAACUUCAAUAGUUACAUUCUGGAGUGUGCAGAGCUUGCAUUUGAUAAAGGUUACAGCCAUUUCGCACUGGGCGAUAAGGGAAAAUGCUUGUCCAGUAGCACUGCUAAAAACAAUUACUACGCGAAAGGGGCCGCUGCUGCCAAAGAUUGCAAGAAUGGUAUAGGAAUAAAAUUUUCCAUCCAAGUGUAUACAUUUGAGUCAAAGCCAACGCCUAAUGCAAUUGGCUGUUUCAAGGAGAACAAAGGCUCUAAGAGGCUUCUCAAAGAUAAAUUUGCGACCUUCGUGGCUCAACGAAAUGAUGACGAUCCCGGGUAUACAAUCCUGCAAUGUGCAUACGUCGCACGUGACAAGAUGAUCGAAUACUUUGCGUUGCAAAACAAUGGCGAGUGCUGGACGGACAAAACAUUAGGAGAGGCUUACAAUACCUACGAAGUAGCGGAAGAUAGCAAUUGUAAAGAUGGUAUUGGCGGUGUUCUGACUAAUUAUGUUUAUCAAUUAAAGUAA